AUGUCAAUGCACACCACCAUCCGCCGCACGGCGGCCACAUUACCCAGCUCAACAAGCACCAUCCUGCCAACAAGCCAACUCUCACAAAGCAAGGCCACAACCUUCAUCUGCUCGCAAUGUCGACAUGCCACACUUCUCCGCCGACCUAAGCGGCCAUACACCUUCACCCAGCUCAUCACCCUCUCCGAUGGCAGUGCCUUCACGCACCGUACCACCUCUCCGGCACCCGUGAUCCGCUCUACGCGCGACACACGCAACACGCUUCUUUGGAACCCGUCCAGUAGCAAGCUGAUGAACGUGGAAGAUGACGAGGCUGGUCGAUUGGCUGCUUUCCGUGCGCGCUUUGGUCGUUCUUUCGAUGCGACGGCCCCUGCUUCGGACACCGGUGACGCUGCUGCUGCGAAGGCUGAUGAAGAGGCUGCUAAGGCUCAGGCUAAAGCUGACCAAGAAGAGGAGGAUAAUCUGCUGGAUCUGAUUAGUGCUUUUGGUCAGCAGGAGCCUGCGCCUGCUGAGAAGAAGAAAAAGUGGUAG